GGUACCUACUACACAUAAAUACACUCCGUCCAAGAAGCCCAGGAAAGCUAGCCUGGCUCUGAACGGAUUCCUCUCGCUCUCCCAGAUAAGUCUGGAGCAAGCACAAACACCGGGUAGCCAAACACAGGUUGCCGCUGAGCUACAAACAACUCUCCCGCCUAGCAUUGACAAGACGCUCGAGCGCAUACCCACAGUUGACACCGGGGACACGAAUAAGGCUCACACGACCAGGCGCCGCAUGCAUGGGUGUUAUGUGGAAAGGCGGUACCGGACGUUUGAGCCCUCCCUGCUGGGUGACUGGGAGUUUGAGAGUGACAGUGACAGUGGUAGUGGUAGUGGGAGUGACGAUGCGAGCUACAGGGAACAUAAUAAGCGGAGAGGGAGUGUGAGUGGGAGUGAGGGCGAUAGUGCGGGUGCGAGUGGGGAUGAGAGCAGUGGAGCACGCCAGGAAUGUCGGAGUGCCGAGGCGGAGCUAUGGAGUACUCAUCUUGUGAGCGCGGGUUCGGAUGCGGGCACACCCGGGAGCGCAGCUGUUCCCGACGGAGAGGAUAUAUCAGAGCUGACCUCUGAACCUGUCACAGACUUAACGGACAAGGACAAGACUGUUCAAACACAUCAGUUGGAAACAUUCACGCAGCACAAACCCGUCCAAUUCGGCCAGAUGGGCCACUCCGAAGUAGGUGACGGGGAAGAAAGCGGUACUAGAAGCGGUACGGACACCGGUAUAGAUACCGACAAGUUUGAGGCCGCUGGGCCAGUCGAUGUGGCUGCCUGCAAUUGCCUGGGGACACUCGAUAGCAAGUACGACAGUUCUAUAAAUAGCACGCGAGCGGAGGCAUCCGCACAUGGCAACAACCACUCGGCUUCGUUCUUACACAGCACCGCCGCGCCUGGUACAAGGUCACCCAGACCGGAACGGGAGAAGCUCGACACCAUCAUCGUAUACAGACGGUACACAGACUUUACUGCACUCAAUGCUCAGCUGACAUCCCCGGUAAACCAGGCUUUGCCUCUGCCGGCAACCAGACUGUGGGCCAGGAUUAUGGGUCACCGAUUCCGGCGGAACCUGAUCGAAGAACGCGCCCUGGCCUUCCAGCAUUAUCUCGAAAAGUAUGUUUUGGAAGUGUUAAUGUUCUCGGAGAGCAUGUUUUAG